CUUUUGUCUAAUUCUAUUCUUGCUCCUAAUGGGUGGAAUUGGUGACCAACUCCCACUUUCGUCGGCCCCGGCCAAGACGGGGCCUCCGCCGCCUCCCUCCAUUAAUCCCCCACCACGCACUUCCAUGGACGCACUUUUCAAUGGUGGGUCCUCCGGCAGCGCCGGCUUCGGGUUCAGUAGUCCUGGUCCCAUGACUCUCGUUUCUAAUUUCUUCAACGACAACGAGGACUUCAAGUCCUUCUCGCAACUUCUCGCCGGCGCUAUGCCGUCUCCAUUGAUGACGACGCACGGGAAACACUCCGUUGAAGUUGGGGGCUCCGCCGGCACUGGGCUUAAGAAGGAUAGGCCCUCCGUUGAGCAGUCCCCGAUGUUCAUGUUUCCGCCGGCGGGGCUUAGCGCUGCUGGCUUCGUCGGUCCUCCUAGGAAUUUUCCAGCUUCUGAGGUCUCAGCCGAGGCUGUGCGGGUCAACGAAAACCCAUCUUCUUCCAUUGGUAAGCAAGUUCAGAUGAUGCCACCAAGCUCUGGUACGACGUCGUCGGCAAUGAAGGAAUGUCCUGAUGAUGGAUUCAACUGGCGCAAGUAUGGGCAGAAACAGGUGAAAGGCAGCGAAUUUCCUCGAAGUUAUUACAAGUGCACGUAUCAGAACUGCCCUGUGAAGAAGAAGGUUGAGAGAUCUCUCGACGAUGACCAUGUGGUGGCCAUCAUUUACAAAGGACAGCAUAAUCAUCAACGUCCUCGCCCCAUUAAUAACAACAAGUACGCAAAAGACGCAAUCAUAGGGACAACAACUUCGGAUGAGAACUCAAACGCGCGAGGGACAACCUGGGAGUCAUCAACAGGAGCUGAACACGAAGCAGAAGGAUCAAGCGAGAGUACUGAGGAAGCUGCUGCAGGUUAUUAUGGCGAUACUACUACUGAAAUGGAGGACAAAAAUGAUGGGCCUGACCUAAAGAGAAGACACACAGAAGGAGGGGCUUCGCAUAGGACAGCCAUGGAACCAAGGAUUAUUGUGCAGACGACAAGUGAAGUUGACCUGCUAGAUGAUGGGUAUAGAUGGCGAAAAUAUGGCCAAAAAGUUGUCAAAGGCAAUCCUUUCCCCAGGAGCUAUUACAAGUGCACAACCACAGGUUGCAAUGUUCGGAAACAUGUGGAGAGAGCAUCCUCAGAUCCUAAAGCUGUUAUUACAACGUACGAAGGAAAACACAAUCACGACGUGCCGGCAGCUAAGACUAACAGCCACACUAUCGCCAACAACUCAGCUUCACAGCUAAGACCCCACAACACCACAAUACCAGAGAGACUUAGUUUCAAUGGCGGACCUAUUGGGUCCCACCAGCAACAACAGCCUGUGGCACGUCUUAGGCUGAAGGAAGAACAGAUAACCUAGUUUUCCUCUUAUAGAGGCUGUAACGCCAGAUUAUUGCUUUGAUUAGAAAGCGCUGAAAAUAGACACAGAAGAAACUUUCCUAAAGUUUCAACCUGAUCUGGGAAGUUUGCAAUUCAGUAGUCAUAUUCAUACUUUGAUGUUCUGGGCAUCUUUUUCAGCCUAGAGCCGAAGUUUUCAUCAUGAAGACGUGUUUCAUAGUUUCAUCUUGCAAUUCAUUGCCGAGAAAAAUUCUUCAAUCAUAUGGAGAAAUUUUCAUGGUUGACUAUGAUGUUAACGCAAUCAAGUUCCUUUUUAACAGAUUAGGAGGAGUGAAAUGUAAACUAUCCUUAUUUGUGAUUAUAUCUCUAUUAUGAUCAUGGCAUUGGGGACCAAGUAAAGCAAUGACAGACAAAAAAUCAUCAUUACAUUAAUAAUAUUAAAAAUGGAUUGUUACUGUA